CUAACCUCUCACUCUCUCUCUAGUCGUUCAUACAAGUUCUCUCCAAUCAUUCCUUCUCCCUCUACCUGAACUCGUGAUAAUAGGAAGGUAGUAACUGAUAGUCGGCGGUUAGAACCAGAGUGGGAGAACAACUCAGAUUCGUGCGUCAGUUUAUUACCACAGUCGAAGUUUACCUUCAGUCGAGCUCAGAAUGUCCUACACUCCACUGUGUUGAAUUCCUAAACAAUAUUCCAAACUAAAUACGGUGUUUCAUACAAUACUCCUCAAGUUAAUCCGGUAUUCCAGACACAUAGAGUCGACAAAAGUGUGUAUAGAGUUAGUAGGAACGUGAUGAAAAUUCUAAUUUGUUUUACAAAGUGAUGAGGUAACUAAAUUUGGAAAGACCUGUGGUUGUAGAUAAGCUUCCUCGGAUUUGAAAGAUUCAACAGUGUAACAUUGUGAUAUUAUAUAGUGAAGGUGUGUUUUGAAGUGGUGAUAAUAGUAAUAUACAGAUUUACCGUACCGUGUAAUAACAAUAACUAAAGUAUCAAGAUAUAAUUUCUAACAAGGUUAAUUGUAAAGAUCAAGAGAUUUUUCCCAAGGUGAAGUCGUUUUAUAACAGAUAUCUUCAAAGUCUUGAUAGUUCUUUGAGAUUUGUUAAGGAAAAUAGUUCUAUAAAUAACAGCUAUCUUCAAAUUAUCGAUAGUUCUGUUGAGGAAAUAAUUUGAAUACAAUUAUAAAAUAAUUUGUAAAGCUCAAGAGAUUUUUCACAAGGUGAAGUUGUUUUAUAACAGAUAUCUUCAAAGUCUUGAUAGUUCUUUGAGAUUUGUUAAGGAAAUACAAUUUGAAUACAAGAAACCUCAAUUGGAGUCUAAAAGAAUUGGAGGAAUGUAUAAUAUUUGUGAAGUAUUAUAAAUGUUUAGAGUUUGUUUGAUGAGACAUUAGAAGGAUUGGUUAUCAAGUUACCAAAAUAUAAUCUGAAAACAAACCUUAAUAAUUAAGAGUAUGAGAUAAUAGAAAGUUGGGUAUUCAGUGUAACUAUAAAUUUGUGGUGGAAUUUGGUUGAAGAGACAUUAAGAGGAGAGGAGUUUGUUAAGAAACAAUUUUGUGAAAUUUGUUGGAAGAUAAUAUUGAGAAACAAUGGCGUUAUCAGUUGAUAGUGUUGUGAUAGUUUGCUGUUUGGUUUUUGUCGAAACUUUUGUUGUGUCUGCUGAGAAGAUCAAGUUUCCUGAUAGUCUGGAUUUGUCGGAGCUUAGUGAAGAAGACGACUCAAAUGAUUCUUCAAAUAUAACAGAGCUGAUGUUUUCGAGCUCAGAAGACCCAUCAUUGAUACCAAUAGAUGUGGCUCGAAAGCUGAACAACGUAAACAGCAUCGACGAUUUCUACAAAACUUUUCAAAUGCCUCAGAGGAGGAUCCCCGUGGUUUCGGCGGGUUUUGGCUCAAGUCUUUAUGGACUUGUGAGUAAGUUAAGACCUUCUUCUCUUAUUGCAGGCCGUAAUGGGUCCCCCAUUGAAACAUCAAGUGAAGGUACAGCCGUGAUACAGCCGGAAUUCGCGCCGUGCCAGCCUGAAGUCCGCGCAGUUGAGAUUUUCAAGAAGGCCAGCCGACAAGUCGUCCGAGUUCCCUCCUGCAUCCGAAUCGAGCGGUGCGGCGGGUGUUGUCAACACGAACUGCUCAGUUGUCAACCGUCCGAAGAGGAAAUUGUCAACUUUGAGGUGAACUUGUUUACCUACGGUAAUGGUGGUUUCAAACCAAUCGGAAAAGAGAUUGUUCCAGUAAAAAGGCAUUUGAAGUGUGAAUUCAAGUGUAAAGUCAAGAAACAUCACUGCACACCUAUGCAAGAGUACAUAGCGGAUGGAUGCAAAUGUGUCUGUAGAAAUAUCGACUCCAAAGAGAAAUGUCUACAAGAAAGCAAGGUGAAAGUGUGGGACCCCAAGAACUGCUCCUGUCAAUGCAGAACAGUGACCGAAUGCAGUUCUGGCGAAUUUUUCAGCAACUUGACGUGUUUAUGUGAGCAGAUACACAGUACCGGAUCUGAAGUGCAGUUGGCUUCCAGUGAUAGAAAUCGAGAUGAUUAUAACUACUACAAAUUAAUCCAAAAUGAUCAAAACCAGAAACAUUAGUCAUUAAAACUGUAUUAGCAAUAUAGCAGUUGUUCGAUAAAUAAGUCGAUAUAGUCAAUAGUAAUUUUAGGAUAAUAAUUCACCACUAUCUCUUUAUAAUUUGAAUUCAUCUCAUUUAAACUCACCUCAUCUAUCUAUAAUUAUUUCUCUAGGAACUUUAUAAUUUGAAAAUUAAAGUUUGACACUAACGUUUCAUCUAACAACAUUGAUUUGAAGAGAAAACAACAUAGAAGAUUCAACACAUCCGUUCUAAAAAUAUUGAUAACAUAAUUUGACUUACCGUAUAUCCUAUUUUUCUAUUCAAAUCCAACACAUAUACACCCGGUUGCACAAAAGUCUGUUAAUUUUCAACCUUGAUUAAAUGUCACAAGAACCAAUCAAAGAAAAGGCUUCUUCUCAGAAAACCCUUAUCUGAUUGGUUCUCGUGGAAUCUAAUCAUAAUUAAAAUUUAACAGGCUUCAGUGCAACCGGACCUUAUUGUAUAAUACUAUUGACUUCUGCUAUUAAUUUAUUGUUUAAUUUUUAUUUGUGUUUGUGUAUAUAUUCGUUGUACAAAUGACUUGUGUGAUUUUAAUUUAAUGAGAACUACUUAAGAUUGUGAUCGUAUUAUUUAGAUUUUUAUGGUAACGAUUGAUGGUUUUAUCAAAACUUGAUUUGUUGUGUUAAGUGUAAGUUAUACCUAUGAUGAAUAUUGAAGUUUGUUGUUAUAUUGUGGAAAAUAAAGAGAUAACAUACCGUACCAUG